CAAACUCUGAAUGAAUAAGGGCACACAUAUAAAGGACCACCGGAUUUUAUCUGCUUGAUGUCCUGCACUCUCAUACGAUCCGCGCAGUCUCCCUGUCACCCUGGUCCAUAUACAGCGUCUUGACGCUCGGCGUCGUUCAGUCAUCGACGACUAGCGCGAGUGGAAACUAACAUUGAAGCGAUUUAACGGGUUUCGUGGUCGGGUGUCAAGGACGAUUUCUGUGACGAAAUAUAUUCGGUACAUACGGCGAAGAGGAGGAGGAAUUGGUGAUUUCGUUUUGGUAUAGUUCAUGAUGAAAACUUAAAAAAUGGAUUUAUCAUUUAAUCCCGGCCGAAUAAGAAAAAAAUACGGUCUUCUUGAAAAUGGUUCAGUGUUGAUAGACUGACUGCCUGAAAAUGAAGCUCACAGCUUUCUUUACUGCCCUCCUUGCUAUAGUAAUGGCACUUGAUGAAUCAGUUUGGGCAGAGGACUGUACAACAGGUUUUUCGGUGGUGGCCCCCGAGCUAGCUGCACCCGGAAAGACUACCGCUGUCUUGGUCACCCUACACGGUCCUGCUAGUCUACAGCCGCUGAACGUCACGCUCAAGCUGAUCCCGGAUCCCUUGGAGAAUGAGGAGAGUCGAAUAACCGAAACUACGAUAGAGAUAAGAGGCCAUGGCAUCCUGCCACUGGAAGUUCCUUCCGAUGCUACAGGAAACUAUAUUCUAAAAACUAUGGUGAACUGCUCCUCCCAAUUGAACGAGGAAUGCUCAUUGCAGAGUUCAUUGCAGAUGAGACUGGUUGGUCCUGUGAGGGACGUCAUUGUUAAGCCGGCAAAGCACGCAUACAAACCUGGCGAGACCGUUUCUUUCUGGGUCCUGGCAUUGGAUCACGACUUGCAACUAGCCUCUGGUGUCAUCGGGACGGUUAGCGUCAAGGAUCCUGUUGGUACUAAAGUCGCGGUAUGGGAUCAAGUUUCUCUCGAUGAAGGUGUGAAGUCGUUCUCCUUUCCGCUAUCAGAGUAUAUCCGAUCAGGAAGAUGGCUUCUGCAAGUCGAAAUAGAGUCUACAGAAUUCUUGACGCCUAUUGACGUUGCACAGAGUGCAGGAAAUGGUCUGCCCGACGUGUCAGCAGCUGAAGAGCAUUACGUUGAGUUGAGAUUCGGAAGAGAGAUGAGGAGAAUGUACAAACCAGGUCUUCCAUUCACAGGAAAGGUAGAAGCCAUGAGUACUGAAAAGUCUGUCAGGGUACGCGUCAAGGUAUACGACAACACUACCUCUAUAUACAGCCAAGACAUUGAAAUCUCAAACGGCGAAGGAAGAUUCAUCGUUCCAGCAAUCCUGGCGGACAGCGACGUCAUUACGCUUCAGGCUGAGUUGGUAUCUGUAGAGAGCAAGGAAAUCGAGAGUCACUACGUGCUAGCCAGAGAACCGAUAAGAAAAUGGAACUCGACGUCUGAUUGUUAUCUGCUGAUAGAAGGGGUGGAGAACAGCCUACUGCCGGAAGAGGACGCUCAUGUGGCUAUAUUGUCUACAUGUCCCUGCGAACGAGAUUUACAUUACGUGAUAACUACCGAUGGUCAGGUAACAGAUUGGGCGCAGAGAAGAUACGAAGAUCCAGUUCCACCAUCUGCGUCACCUCCAUCAGGAGCUGUUUGUAAACUGAAUUUUAGCUUCAAUGUACGAUCGGUCAUGGCACCAGUGAGCCAACUUCUGGUCUAUUAUGUAACACCACAAGGAGAACCUGUCAGCGACGUCAUCAGUUUUGACGUUAAACUGCUCCAUAAGCAGGUUUAUGUCAACAUGGAAGAACGCGAGUGGUGGCUACCUAAUCAGCCUGUGGACCUUGAAAUUGUGGCGGAACCAUCAUCUCUAGUUUGCCUGCUGGGGGGAAGUUCAGAAAUGGUCGGCGACAUUAGAUUUGAUCCUAGUAAAAGUGAGGAUUACGAACACAAUUCCGAAUCAGGUGAAAUAGAUUUCUUGGAAGCAGGAGUAUCAUUUUUUCAAAGACAGUGCAUCAAAAGAGGCGAUUCUGGAUUGUCUGCUGUUUCCUACCGUCAAAGAGGAUCCGGAGCCGGACCUGCCAACCGUCGUAGGCCGCCAGAAAGUCUCGUUGGAGGUACUGCUUACGACCAACUCUGGCUGUGGAAGUGCGUGAAUUACACAUCCCGAAUAUCUUCAACUGGUUUGAGUAUCUCUGCACCUCAAGAGGCUGGUAAAUGGUCUUUAUGGGCUCUUUCGGUUUCUUCUGGAACUGGUCUUCGUUUCUCUGCUCCAGUACAAUUAAAAGUCUACCGUCCUCUACAAGCGGAGUUCAGGCUUCCUAAAAGCCUGAGAGUUCGAGAAUCUUUGGAGGUGGAUAUCAAAAUAGAGAACAACAUCAAUUCCUGCAUGGAUGUCACAGCGCUACUCGCUCUUAGUGAGGGGGCUCAAUUUUUGAGCAAUGGAUUACUAUAUGUCACCGAACGUUUGAGAUUGGGUCCUCGAGGAGCGACAUCUUUGGUAGUUCGUCUUCUCGUCACAACCCCUGGACUUAAGAAAAUGACUGUCGAGAUCAACGGCUACACGAGUUCCUCAUGCGAAGGUUCUGCAAGAUCUGUGAAUACUACAAUCACUGGCGCGGUAAUUAGAUCAGCUACUGUCAACGUUCAUCCAGAAGGAUUAGUUCAAACUGACACUGAGAGUGCUUACUUUUGUGCAAAUGAAAAUCUGCUAAUUUCUACCGCUGAUAAAUAUCAUUAUGAAUGGAUGACUGCUCCGAGAAAUAGACAAGGGGUUGUAAUAGAGUUGAGAAUUGGAAAUUCACCAUCCAGAAGAGUAGGACCUGUUCAUAUUGCCCUUAGUGAUGGCCAGGAAAUCUCUGACAGAAUGUAUAGAAUAGCACUCGGUGAUGCAGAUAACAAAUUAUCCUGGAUUGGACGUGGAAAACACGGUUAUGCAGUACAACUCAAUAGCACUGAUACUCCAGAAAUUCUGUCCGAAGAAGAAUGGAGAACUUUUUGGAUAACAUGGGAAAAUGAUGUCAUCUUAUUUGGGAAAGGAUCUGUCCUGAAAAACAAUACUUUGCUCACAUGGAAAAUGGAUAAAAAAAUUAGAGUUCAACAACUCGGAUUCGCGUCUUCUUGGCUGAAUUUGGCCGAAUUCAGAAUUUGGAACUUCAACGAAGAAGCCGGAUUUUCUCAAGUUCUCCAUCUUGACACACCGAAGUCUUUAGUUCCUGGAACCGAAUGGGGUCAACUAACAGUUACGGGAGGUCUGUCGCUGCCGACUCCUAGUAAAAAGCCAGACAGUAGCAGUUUGACAUCUGCCUUGGCUUCUCUCUCAUCCUUGAUGUCAUUGCAACAUCUCGGAAGCAGUGCCAAUGAAACGAUGAAGAAGAGAGCGUUUGUUGACUUGUCAAAAAACAUACAAACCAUACUCUCAUACAAGAAGGAGGACAACUCCUUCAGCGAGCAUCCGAUGCUAGGAAGCCAUAAAGUAACCAUUUCCAUCCUGGAAGCGAUAACGAAGAUUCAGGCGCAUAUUGGUGUUGAUCCAGACCUUAUCCAGGGUGUCAAGAGAUGGGUGCAGUUGAGGCAGGAAGAUGAUGGCAGGUUUUCACCCUUACCGGCAGACAUAAAACUUGGACUAGGACAAGAGCGGUCGGCUGCGAGGAGAAACUUGACUGAUGAUGCGGCAUUUUUCGAGCACGUUACGGAGAUGACUGCAGAAACGGUCAUUGUUUUAUAUGAUAUAGGUAUAGAAACUGAAACUGACUCGGAAACUAUCCAAAAAGCAAAGAUCUAUCUGGAAAACAGUCUGCCAAAUAUAGAAAGUCCAGAGGCUAUAGCAGCAGUGGCGCUUGCCUUGAUCCUAGUCAAAAGUGCAACUAGUGCAUGGGCAAUAGAAAAGUUGAGGAACGUUUCUACCACGGAUGACAGAGAAUUUGGAUGGCCCCAUUCCAUCACUAGAAAAGAUGCUGCUGAUUGGCUGUACGAAAGUGCAACAGAUAAAACGUCCAAGGAACCACUAUUGACAACAACUGGAGAAUAUAAGGCUUCUAUAUAUGCUUUAGUCACGUUCGCCACAGUGGGAGACCUUAAACUUGCGGAAAACGUUGCAAGAUAUCUGUUCUACCGCUCGCACAUGUUGGACAGACACCCAGAGCUUGUGUACCCCGCUGUGAAAGCAUUCACCUUAUACGACUCUCUACUGAAAGAUAGACACAGAUCGCUUACCAUCUCACUGGCCACUUCUGGAAUGGAAUUAACCGACACCCUCGAUCUGCGGAAUGAUAAGGCGACCCAAGUUCUACAUCUACCUAGCUUACCCACCAAAGUUUUUGUAUAUGCCACUGGAGCAGGAUGCGCUACUGUACAGGGGAGAGUAAUAUAUUCCACCUAUGCAACGAAGAGCGAUACACCAGUGCUGACCAUAUCCUGUACCAUAGCACAAGAAGUUCCACCCGACAAAAGCUCUAUCAAAAAAAUUGAAGGAAAAUCGCCAGUACUGAAAACUGAAACAUGUUUCAGGUGGAAAGGACAAAUUCCGUCUGGAGUACUCAGAAUGGAGAUCACUCUUUUCUCCGGCUUUGAAUUGGUCCAAACAUCACCUCAGCUCAUAUCUUCUCCAGAAAUCAUGGCUGAAAUGCAACAUGGCUCAAACUCUAACAACAUCUGGUUCAUUUUCGCCAACGUCUCUACUUCCUGCCCAAUAUGCGUGAGGUUCAAAGCUCACAGUACGUUCAUUAUCUCAUCACUUAGACCCUCUUAUGCCAGAAUCUACCCUGUGGGAAGAGAAGAUUUAGCUGCAGACACUUUUUUCCAUACGCAGGACGGAAAUUAUCUUCUGAAUAGCAUAACCGACGAUGACCUCAUCACAUGGUUCGGUAGGAACGGCACUGACGGUCAAGAAUUGAGGGCAAAUCUGCCGAAAGAAUGUUUGCCUUUGACUUCGACUAUUCUUGAUGAAACUACCACGGACACUGUUUCAUCAACUGAACCGAACAAUACAAAAACAAAUGAGGUUGAAAGUAACGACAUACCUUUCCAGCCUAGAAAGAAAGAGGUCUUGAGUAUCGCCACAUAUACCAUCAACGUUGAAAACGGAUCAAUAAAUGGAGAAAGAAAAUUAACGAAGACAGAAGAUGAACAAUCAACCGUAUAUCAUAAAUUCACAACACUUUCUCCGCCCUUACUUCCCAACCCGGAAACUGGAAACAAAGAACAUAUGAUUCAAUCUAACCUCAUACCUGACCUCAUAUUGAAAAAAACGAGCAUACAAUCACAGAAACUAAUUGAGACGAAGACGAUGAACCAAGUGAGUGUAAAUAAGACAAAAUUAGUAGAAAAAGAUAAGAUCUACAUGAAGACUAAUAUAGAUACAACGCAAGAGACAACCACAAAGCCAGUACAAAGAAGUUCCGAACAUGGAUAUCUCCCGAAGUAUGUCAACACCAAUGUUAGAGAAAGUCCAAUAAAAUAUCUGAACUUGAAGAGAACUACAGAGACACCGAAGAUCGUUUUCAUUCCAGAAAUAAAAAAUGACAAGUAUGUACUUUUGGACAAGGAAGAAAUAUGGAGUUUGCUGAAAGAGAUAGUUAAUGAUCCGAAAAAAUUCGAGGGUGGUACAACGUAAUGUCCACGCACCGAGUAUUGAAGUGUUGUGUUUUCACGAACCUUGAUAUUGUUGUAUAUAAGAAGUCCUUCAAAUAUUGGCUAUUGCAAAAAAACGUUUCAGAAGCUCUUUAGAGAACUGUGAGAGUAACAUGAGUAAGUCCAGGAGGGGACUCUGUCAAGUCAAUAUACGUUACUUACUGCAUCGAAGCUCUCUACCUUAUGGGCUACUUUCUAGGGAACCAGAAAAUUUUCUCGAAUCCAAAUUGGUGUGAAAUUCUCUGUAGGCGAUAAGUCAUAUAAAAAUAAGGGUACAUUUUUAUAUGAAAAAUGAAUAGUAGCGAAGUCUCUUUCAAUAUUUUGAGGAUUGCGACCACUAUAUACCUACUCGUUGAAUCAAGAGAACUUUUUCAUCCAGCAUAAGCACUUUUCAUAAUGAUGCUCAUAGUAGACACUUUUCGAUGAAUGUUGUUAAUAUAUGAGUGGAGACGAAGAAAAAUGGAUUUUCAUUUUCAGUUGCACUGAAUAGAGAUUUAUAAGCAAUGCACUAAAUGAGUGAAUUCAAGCUGGAGAAUUUGAAUGAAAACUUUCAUUCAAAAUGCUUCAAAUCGAGAACCUAAUAUAAGUUUAUUUCAAGACAUAUUCUCAAUGAGCUUCAGAUCAUUGAAUUUAAUGAUAUGAUAUCAUACAGCAUGUUAAAACCUCAGCAUCAACAAAUAAGUACACCAAAUACCAUAUUUGAUAUUCAUCGAGAAUUAAUAUAAAAUAACAUAUAACUAUUUUUUGAAUAGGACACAAAAAUUAACUCAUCUAGCUUCAAACUUCCCUUUGUUUUCCGUAUCCCUGUCAUCAAUACGUCCGGAAAAGUCCAUAAUUCAUACCUAUAUUAAAAUUCAAUUCACAUCUCAUAGUUUGGGAAAUCUUUUCUUGAAUAGUAGAGGACACCUGGAGGACCAGGAACAAACACCAUAUGUAGGUUCUGCAUAACUAUUCAGGAUUCUGAUAUGGAGGAUCUCUUUUGAAUUGAAAUGAGAAUUAAAAUCGCUAUAUAUAGCAUGAUGAUAUUAAGGUCGAAAAAUCUACGGCAUGCAGAAAAUUAUUGAAUGCUGGAAAACGAACCCCCACGAACAGAACUUGAAUCGUGGACUUAAUGAUUGCCGGACAGAAGUUUUUGCAAUGGAGCUAUCAAGGUGACGUAGUCGUAGGUCGUAGGUUUUAGACCUGCUAGGGAAGGUGCUUUCUCCGGAAUUCAAUUAUUGUUUGCAUGGUGUAAUUUUUUCAACUCUCAUUCACACAAAGACAUAAAACAAACUUCUAUGCUAUGCAGGUUGUUAUGAAUCGCAUUUUGUUUCUUGAUGAAUACGAUAAUUAAAUUUUUAACUCAUUUCAAAGUCGAUAUAAAUGUCCUAUUUAUCAGCUAUCGAGUUACAUCAGCUAGCGUUUGCUGAACCUGUGCUGAACUGAAUCAAUGAGUAGGGUUAUAUUUCCUCUUGAGGCCUCCUGAACGAAUAUUGUAACAUUGGUACACCUCUUUCUGCUUGGUGAAAAAUUUUGCUGGUUCAAUAUCGAAUGAUUCUUCGAGAAAAUUUACUUCAUCCGCUACGAUUAUUGGGCAUUAGUUUAAGAUCACCCUGUAUGAAAAUUUCAAUCUCAUUUGUAUGAGUGUAGAAGCGUGAGGUGUUCGAUUGUUAAAGAUUGUUAAAUUUAAAGGAACUGUUCCAGAUUUGAAUGGAAAGACUAUUCUCUAAAAGAUACCGACAAUUUCCAUUGCGUAACAUGGAUCUAAUCCAUGUAAGUUAUCCGCCCAAUAGAAUGUAAGUUCAGUGAUUUCAACUCAUUUCAUGUACCGUUAAGAAUAAGCAUACAAAUUUGUGAAUAUACAAAAGAUCAUUCGACAUCUUCUUGAAGCAGCUAAUUUUCAUGUUUUUCAAAGUUCCAAAAAUCUGUCCUUUUCGUAUUUCUGUAUUUCGUAUUCUUUAAGUUUGAACUACUAAGCUUAAGUAUCAGUUAGCUGAACUAAACAUAUGGGUACAUCGAUUUUCCUUUAAUUUAUAAGCCAACCUAUUAUGUAGAACGCUGUGAAUACUGCAAUAUGAUAGAAACGAUAUAUUUUAUUUAUAUUUAACAUUGAAGUUUUUUGCUUUUUUUAGUCCUACGUUGUUGAAACACAUGAAACAUAAUUUCUCAAUACAAUCAAGAAACCAAACAUCGACUAUUCAUUACGAAGUUAUCGUACAGUCUGGUUACUUGUGCCAAAAAAUGGUCAAUUUCGACCCAAAUUAAGUGAGAGCUAGUUGAUUAUUCGAAUAUGAACAGAUUACGAAAUUAUAUAGUAUAAACACAUUAAUCCGCGUUUAUAAUUGGUUGCAAAUGCUUGUUCUAUAUUUUCUUAAGAAUUGCGAUUACAUUCGUGUUAAUGUAGUAGCAUUAGUUACUUUCAACUUUGCAACCAACUAUUAUACAUUUUACAGAGUUUCAGAUCCUGGCUGAUAUUUCAUAUGCUUGAAAGAAAAAAUUUAUGGUUUCAAUAUUUAGAAUUAUUUAUCUGAUGAAAUGCAGAUGCCAUGUGAAUAUGUAGAAUCCUAAUUUCAUUAUAUCAUAAUAACCGAGCACAUUUUUCUCCAUUUUCAUCCUCUCAGUAAGAAAAAACUGCUCACAAAAUAUUAGAAUUUAAGGAAUGCAAUAUUAUUUUACUGUUAAACUUUAAGUCAAAGCUUUCGCUACGUUGAGUAGAUGAAAUUGCCCUAUUAUACAUAAAUAUUAAGUCAUAUCAGUGUU